CGCUCUCACCUACUUGAAUAGUUUCGAAGUCGCGGUACGGUACAGUCGUGUGUUAACUUCUUAACGUAUGUCAAAAUCAAAACUGUCAAGUGAUGGCUGUCACUUCAGUCUGAAGGUUAGGUUAUGUUAUGUUGUUAAAAAAUAUAAAUGAACGCCCUUGCUCCUGGUUAGUGUUAGCACCUGUUAGGUUCUACGUUUUUAUUUCAAAUACAUUAUUAUUUCACAUAAGAUAAUUCCCGUUGUUGGAGUUUGGCAGUCACGGCUACUUGUAGUAAUUGGCGAAUACAAUACGCAUACAAGCGUAGCGGUUGCGAUGGACGUGAUGCUAGCGUGUCGCUGCUGCCUGCUGUGUCCCCCGGACAAAGACCUGACGACGCCGCACACACAUCUCGGCAAAACGGAGAUAUAUGCCGACAUGAUCAAGGAGUGUUUUGAUAUUCAAUUGCAGCUGGCAAUGGGCGGCUCGGGCUCGAGCGGCAUCUGCUGUACGUGCGUGGGCCGCCUGCGAGACGCGAGCGACUUCAAGCUGCAAGUGCAGCGCAGCCAGGCGGAGCUGCAGGCGCGAUCGCAGGGAGCGAGCCUCGUCAAAGAGGAAGAAUCUGCAGUAGAGUGUGAAAACCCAGAAAUGCAGGACACACAUGAGACUUGUGGGUCCGAGCCAGGUGAAGAGCCCGCGGUCAAGCCGGAGAUGCUGGAUGAAGACACACCUGAGGAGAUAUUGCAUGAAGAGUUCACAGUCAAGUCGGAGGCGUCGGCCGAAGACGAUGAGAUGUCGCAGGAAGAAUCUGCAGUUGAGUAUGAACACCCAGAAAUGCAGGACACAGAUGAGUCUUGUGGGUCCGAGCCAGGUGAAGAGCCCGCGGUCAAGCCGGAGAUGCUGGAUGAAGACGCACCUGAGGAGAUAUUGCAUGAAGAGUUCUCUGUCAAGCCGGAGCCGGCGGCCGAGGACGAUGAGAUGUCGCUGUGUUCGGACGGCAGCGCCCGCGCCAGGGAGCAGCUCGCGAUGGCUUGCUCCGUAGUGCUCGAGCGCCUCCGCGGCGACGCGACUGCUCACAGCGGGGCAAAACCAAUCGCCUGCGAACACUGUGGCGAACGUUUUAGAAACGAAACUAUCUUAAGGAAACACAUUCAAGAGACACACUUGCCGCCAGCGCCCAAACAAUUUGCUUGUGAUUUUUGUAGUGCUACAUUCCAAACUGAAUCACUUAUUUUAGAGCAUGAAAAAAUCGAACAUGGUGUCACGAAUUUCAUGUGCGCUCAUUGUGAUUAUUCAACAAUAUCCAAGAGAUGUUUGCGAGCUCAUUUAAAAAGUCAUUUAAGUUUCAAAAGGGUGAUCAAAAGUGAUUUACACAAACAUCAAGCGAUAUACUACGAAGAUAAGAAGACACACAAAACAACACACCUAAGAUUAAAUACCAGAGUAAGGCCUUAUAAGUGUAGUUAUUGCGACUACAAGUGCAGUAAAAGGUCAAUCCUAAUAAUACAUGAAAGGAGACAUACUGAUGAAAAGCCUUUUCAAUGUAGCCACUGCGAUCACAAAUGCAGUGCGGAAUCAGACUUACAACGACACCAAAGAAUACACAUCGGAGAAAAGCCUUACGCGUGUAGUCUCUGUGCUUAUAAAUGCGAUAAGAAAUCAGUUUUGGAAAGUCACCAAAUAAUACAUACCGGGGAAAAGCCUUACGCAUGUAGCCAAUGUGAGUACCAGUGCAGUGAUAGGUCAAACCUUAGAAGACAUGUACUGGUACAUACGGGCGAGAAGCCUUAUCAAUGUAGUCAAUGUGCUUAUAAAUGCAAAGUAAAGUCAGACUUAAAAAAGCACAUGAGAUUCCACACCGGAGAAAAGCCUUACGCAUGUAGUCACUGUGCUUAUAAAUGCAUUACGAAAGCAGACUUACAAAAACACCAUAUAAUACACACCGGAGAAAAGCCUUACGCAUGUAGCCACUGUGAGUACCGGUGCAGUCGUAGGUCAACCCUAAAAACACAUUUAAUGACACAUACUGGCGAAAAGCCUUUUCAAUGUACCCGCUGUGCUUAUAAAUGUAUUCACACAUCAGACUUAAAAAGGCACAUGAGAGUACACACUGCAGAAAAGCCUUACGCAUGUAGUCACUGUGCUUUUAAAUGCAGUAUCAAAUCAAGCUUACAAAGACACCAAAUAAUACACACCAGAGAAAAGCCUUACGCAUGUAGUCACUGUGAGUACAAAUGUAUUAAGAAAGCACACUUACAAAGACACCAAAUGAUACACACCUGAGAAAAACCUUACUCAUGUAGCCACUGUCAUUUUAAAUGCAUUAACAAAUAAUCUCUGCGACGUCACCAGAAGACUCACAUUGGAAUGAACCCUGACAACGCAGCAAUGACCUAAAUCAGAAACUCAGACCUGGUAUUGAUAUUUCACGCCCCUUCAAUAAGGGAGGGGUUAAGUAGUACCUCAAGGCAGUGUGCUAGGAUUGAUCAAGAUUGAUUGAUCAGGAUUCUGAUAAUUAUAGACUCAUAGCGUAGGUACCUAUCCUAGCUUUGAAAAUAUAUUAUAUAAUAGAACAGUUUCUUUUUUCAAUAAAUAUGACUUAUUAUCUAGCAGUCAAUUUGGUUUUAGUAAAAAUAAAACGACUGUGAUGGCCAUUUACGAAGUAUUAAAAAUCAUAAUGGCCUGUCGAGAUAAAAAUAUUCCAGUGAUGACAGUUUUUAUGGACAUGUCAAAAGCUUUUGACAGAGUAUCACAUCAGAUAUUGCUGUCUUAGUAAUAUAGCUUAGGAAUAAGAGGGAAUGCAUAAAAAUGAUACAAAUCUUAUCUGCUAGACAGACUUCAGUGCACUGAGAUAGCUAACUUUUGCCACAAAACAAAAACAGUAGUUACUUAUAGAUCAGAUUACAGUAAUGUCAAAUAUUGUGUACCACAGGGGAACAUCCUAGGACCCCUUCUUUUCUUGGCCUAUAUUAACGGACGUGACGAGGCAUAAAAUUGUAUUAUUUGCUGAUGACUGUUCUCUGGUCGUAAGAGGUGAUGACCCUAUGUCCUAUGAGUCCGAAGCGAAUCUAGCAUUUAACAAUGUAAUUACAUGGCUAGAAAAAAACAAUCUCAAAAUUAACGUUACUAAAACAAAAUUGGCUACGCCAUUGUGAAUAUUUAUUGUAUUUCCAAUUAUUUUCAUAUUACUUUAAUAACCCACAUACACACACACACUACUCGAACGCAUCCUUUUUUCAAUAUAUUUUUAUGUAUGGCAAUAUCCGUUCCUUCCCCCACCUCACCUCACCUGCAAACGUCAGUGUGAAAGACAACGACCGCCGCGGACGCUUUAUAUUCAAGUUUAAAAACUCAAAAAUUGUUGAAUAAAAGGGAGCGCUCCCACAAGUGACGUCACGUGCAUAAGUUUCAAUCAAGAUCACUGAACUGUGUUGAAAAAGACUCAAAAAUUGGAGUGGCGGACAUCGAGCUAUGUGAAGAAGGUGAGUCCCGGCUGCUCCAAAAAUUGAUGGAGUUUUAUGCUCCCCAAGGUAAUCCUAAGUGUGUUCGUUAUUUAAUGCAAAUAAAGAAUUUUACUUUUACUUCACUUUUUUCGAUUUUCCUGUAAUCAAUUUAUGAGGCGUGUUUAUUUGUUAAAAGUAAUAUUUACUCUUUCUGUAGUUUUGCCUCAACCUCGAGGUACAAUACUCGUCAUGGAUUAAACCUACAUUACCCGGGAGCAACAUCUGCACUUGUUAAUAAAAAUAUAGUAUUCAUGUGUGUAAAAAUUUAUAACCACCUUCCUAAUGAUCUGAAGGAAUUAGAAUUACCGAAAUUCAAACCAGAAUUGUACAAGUGGUGCUUGGAUAAAAUGUAUUAUGGCAACUCGGAACACUGCACCUGAAAUUUCUUAAAUCUGUAAAUAUAGCUUUGUAAAUAUAGUUGUUAGGUCAUUAAAUUUGUAUGUCUGUAAAGUGGAGAUA